GUUUGAAAUGCGAUCGGUUUUAAUGAGUUUUAAUAUCACCUGGCCGAGAAAGAGGACGAGCUAAUCACAUCCUCUCGUAUUUACAGUAUUAAUCUGGAAUAUUUCCAAAUUAAGCCGACCAUUAUAACCACAGAUGUUUGUCUCCCCUGCUGUGGGAGAAUCCAUCCUUCUCCUCGUGUUCGUGGCUCUCGGGUCACGUCAGGUUACACUGCUCCGCGUCAAAGACGUUGCGCACAGCGGCACCUGGCGGCGGCCACGAUGCACAGCAGCUGUCAUUUAAAAGCGAACGUCCGAAAGUUUGUCCUUCGUGACGUUCCGUUGAACGCAGCUGUCAUGUCUGCCGCCUUCAUGUCCCUCCGCAGAUGUUGCCAGCGGUCGGCGCUCCUCGCCGUUGCUAAGCGACCGUGGAGCUCCAGCCCCGCGCCCACGCUUCCUCUGCACAGCAGGUUCCUCCUCUUCCUCACGCAGCGUUUCUACGACGUGGAGAUGCUGCUGAGCUGGGGCCAGCGGCAGAAGAGGAUGGCGAUCCACAGGAGGAACGCUUACUAUGGCUACACUAAGAAUUUAUACGGUGCGGACAUAGCGGCAGCAUUUUAUGUCUUGAGUCUGAAGGGAGGAUUUAGAUUUGUCGGCCAGUCCGAGUGGUUCCGUGCGGACCGGAGGGGGAAAUUCAACUGGGACUUCUUGAAUCACAAAGACACACUGCUGGAGGAGGUGAACAUGAGCCACACAGACAUCAACUCCGGCGGACUGGCAAACCUGGAGGGGCAGACGUCGUUGCGGACCCUGUCCGUACGAGGCUGCUCUGAAGUGGACGACUGGUUCCUGGCCAGGCUCCAUGUCUUCCAGGACUCUCUGCAGGAGCUGGACAUCUCUCACUGUCCUCGCGUGACGGUCGGCGGCCUGGCCGCGCUCCGGAAUCUCAAGGGGCUGCGCCGCCUGGACGUGUCGUCCCUCGCCGCCGUCUCGAGUCCCGGGCUGGUCGUUCUCCUGCUGGAGGAGAUGUUGCCACGGUGCCAAGUCGUCGCUAGCGGCUACGACCACGGCCUGGGGCAGUUCGGAGGAGAGGAGCCGGAAGGGCAGGGGGAGGCACGGGAAGCCGGGGACUGCGUUCGGAAGGAGGGGGUCCUCUGAGGGAGCCGUCACUUUGUCUUCUUCUGACAGAACGAGAGCCGACGGAGCGAAGGGCGGUCGACUGCGGCGUCGGUCGUAACCAAGAGAGAUACAGAGGGAGUCGAGGGAAGUUCCUCGGUGACGCACAAACCAAGAAGAGUUUGACUGCAGCGUAUUGAAUUAUGAUGAAGAUAUCGGCAGCUUUAGAGGAAAUGGACUCGCGUUUGCUUUUAACUGCGACUCACAAAAGGGCGUCAGAUGACAGACCUAGAUAUUUUACCACAAAUAUAAUACUAUGUCACCCCAGUCUGCUUGUGUCUGCAGAAUAAAAUAAAUAAAAAAAUCUGCUCUCUUUCAAGCAAAGUAUAUUGAUCUGUAAAUAUGGUAUUGUUUUUUGCUGAAAUGUAAAUGUACAGAAUAAAGAUUUCACUUUUCAAUAUA